CGUUGCAUUGCGUCUCUCGUACGUGCGUCUUUAACGAGAGGCGUUGCUUUACUAUAUGUUUUUAAAGAAGAGAUUUCCGCUUCCUGCUGUUGUUUUAAACGCUCAAUUGAUCACAAGCUGAUCACAAGCCAGGAGCUGGACUGAUAGCAGCAGCAACUGAGGGAAGUCUCCUGUGAAUCCACCGCCGAGCGGAGGCGGGAACGUUAAGAGGCUCGUGCCAUCAUCAGAACAGACUGCAUGCGCGAGUGAGUGUCUAAACUGACCGAGACCGGUCCGACAGCGCAUAUCCCGAGACAAGCUCAGCAUGUCGGAGCGAGGAGGGCUUCAGCAGCGAGCGGGAGCUCCGUCUCCCCACUUGCAGCCUCUCAGGACGGUCACGAUUUCUUCGAGUCGCCCGGUUCAGAUGAACCUGUUCGCGACAUGGGAGAUUGACAGCUCCUCUCCCAGCUGUGUGCCCAGACUUCUCAGUCUAACUCUUAAAAAAUUGGUGAUUUUGAAGGAGCUGGACCGAGAUCUUACUUCGGUGGUCAUUGCAGUUAAACUUCAGGGCUCAAAACGCAUUUUGCGGUCAAAUGAAAUCAUGCUGUCUUCUGUAGGCCUUACUGAGACUGAUCUUCAGCUGACCUUCUCUCUUCAGUACCCACACUUUUUGAAGAGAGAUGCCAACAAGCUUCAGAUUAUGCUCCAGAGACGCAAGAGGUACAAGAAUCGCACUAUACUGGGCUAUAAGACCCUUGCCCUAGGGAUGAUAAAUAUGGCUGAGGUGAUGCAGCAUCCUACCGAAGGUGCUCAGGUGUUGGGCUUGCACACGACUGUGAAGGACACACCAGUGCCCGUUGCUGAGAUCAGGGUCUAUUCUCUCUCCAGUCAACCCAUCGACCCAGAGGGACCAAAGACCAAGCUAUCCGAUCGUUCACCAGACAUCGAUAAUUACUCUGAGGAGGAAGAGGAAAGCUAUUCGUCAGAGCAGGACGGCAGUGAUGACCCUCUACAGGGGCAGUACCUCUAUGAUGACGAGGAUGAACUGAGGAAAAAGAAACCUCGCCGUAAACUCCCCUCCACAGCCUCCAUCACCAGAGCUAACGUAAGUGACCAACCCAACAUCAAACAGAAGCUUAUGGCAUUGGUGAAAUGGUUCAAAGUGUCUGAUGAGGUGGGGUUUGGUUUGGAUCAUGUGUCCCAAGAGCAAAUCCGAGAUGUGGAAGAGGAUCUGGAUGAGCUCUAUGACAGUCUUGAGAUGUACAACCCCAGUGACAGUGGCCCAGACAUGGAAGAAACGGACAGUAUUAUCAGCACACCCAAACCCAAACUCCGGCCGUUUUUUGAAGGCACGUCACAGUCCAGCUCUCAGACUGAGUUUGGUAGCUUGAAUAGCAGGUGCAGCCACAGCAAACACAAGCUGAGUCCUAGGGCCGAGCAGACUGUAUCUGGUAAAAUCCAGCGUUCCCCCAGUGCACACAUGGACGACGCUUUCUCAGAGAUGGACACAUUGGAACUCAAUGAAGUGGAAGUGAUCGCCGACGGAACCCCUAGCAUCACUUUAUCAGUGGCAGAGAGGCCCCGGACUCCACAGAGGAGCAAUAGCACUAACAUGCCAUCUCCCAGACUGGAUGGCAGUCAUACCCCCAAACAGAGGCGAGGGACCCCUAUGAAAGAGAGACAGCUGUCCAAACCGCUCAGUGAACGCACAAACAGCUCGGACAGUGAGAGAUCACCCGAGCUCAGCCUCACCCCUCAGAUGCCUAGGAAGAUAGUGUACGACCAGCUCAACCAGAUCUUGCUGUCUGACAGCACUCUUCCUGACAGCCUUAUCCUGGUCAACGGCAGCGACUGGCAAGGACAUUAUGUGGCUGAGCUGCUGCAGGCCCAGAAGCUGCCAGUGGUCUGCACCUGCUCUGGAUCAGAAAUCCAGGCCGUCCUUUCCGCCCUACUGACACGCAUACAGAAAUUCUGCAACUGUAACUCCAUCAUGCCCAAACCGGUGAAGGUGGUGGCGGUUGGAGGUCAGAGCUACUUAGGAGCCGUCUUGAGAUUCUACGUCUCUCAGCUCGCCAACAAGAUGUCUGAUUGGCUCAGCCACAUAAAGUUCCUUGUGGUGCCUGUAGGCUCUCACCCUGUGGCCAAACACCUGGGUUCUCUGGACAAUCGCUACAGUUCUUCCUUCCUGGACAGCUCAUGGCGAGAGUUUUUCAGCCGCCUAGAGCCUCCUCAGACUGCUUCUUCUACUGACUUUGUGGAUGUGGCCGGGCGAAUUCUACAAUACAUCAACGGAUCUACGGUUACUCAUCAGCUUCCCAUUGCUGAGGCCAUGUUGACCUGCAAACACAAGACGCAAGAUGAUGAUUGCUACCAAAAUUUUGUUCCAUUUGUGGGUGUGGUUAAGGUGGGAUUGGUAGAGCCCAGCCCAGGAUCUUCAGGUGGAGAUUGUGAGGAGGGUUUGCCUUUGAGUUUGGCAGUUCCAUCGACGUCUCCACCGGCUCAUGGAUCUCCCAUUGGGAUGAUGAAAGAUUCUGCAACGCCUCCUCCAUCACCAUCACUAAGCGGACUGGCUGCACUAGGGAGCCCCAGCAUGUCUCAUGGUAUGGAUGCCAUUGGGCUGCAGGUGGAUUACUGGGUGUCGUCAGGGGCUGAGAAGCGCAAAGAUGCCGAGCGGAGAGACACAGGCAAUAAGAUUACUUUGAAGUGUGCAUUCAGAUCCCUGCAGGUUAGCCGACUGCCCGGCUCCUUUGAGCUCCAGACUGGCUCUAACACCAUGUCCAUGACUGUGGUGACCAAGGAGAAGAACAAGAAAGUCCCAACCAUCUUCCUGGGGAAGAAACCGAAAGAGAGAGAGACAGAGUCAAAGAGUCAGGUCAUUGAAGGCAUCACAAGACUCAUCUGCUCUGCCAAGAAUCAACAAACCAGUCUAAGAGUGUCUGUAGAUGGAAUGGAGUGGAAUGAUGUGAAGUUCUUCCAGCUGGCGUCUCAGUGGCCCACUCAUGUAAAGUACUUCCCCGUGGGGCUGUUCGGCUACAACAAAUCAUCCUCCUAGUGACCUCUGGGGGGAAAAAACAUGGUGAAGUUUCCCAACCCUGCUUGCUGCGGCCUUCAGACGGAAUGGGCCAGUUAUUGUUCUUGAGGUGGUCAUGCUUACUGUAUGCGACAGAUACUUGAGCCAAAGUGGAAGAUGUUGAAUUUCUCAUCUGUAAUUGGUGGGAUUAUCUGAUUUGUUUUGGCCUUUAGAGGGCCAGAGCAGACAAAAGACUUAAGGAUAAAUAAUGUGGGUUGAGAAUAUUAUAUAUUAAUCUUUUCUACCAGUGUUUUGUCUGCUGUGCGAUUCAUGACGCAAUAAUAUCCCAAUAUUUAUAUUUAAAUGGUACUUGAUAUUAGUGAUUUAAAGUCUUUUGUUGUACAACUUUAAUGUAUGAAUAGUGUUACUUCACCUGACUGAAUCUGACAUCCAAAGCUUCUCAAAGGCCCUUUGUUUGUAAAAAAAAAAAAAAAAGCCUUUACUUUAUUAAAGAAUUGUUUUUUGUCUAUGUAUAAAAUAUUCUUCUGUCCACUUGUAUAGAAAUAUAUUUCCUUAAGUGAUUUUAACUAGUAAUCAAAGCAUGUACUGUAUGUGUAUGUGCUUACAUCAGGGUUUGGCGAAGCUGCUAUGGACACCUUAUCCAUUCCACUGUGGUUCUGAGAUCUCUUUGCCGCUAUUAAUUUAUUAAUCUGCUAUGACUAAAAGUAAUCACUGGUCUCUACCUCCCCAAUGCCUUCCAUAACAAAGAUGAUUAUCAGAGAUGACUAAUAAUAAGGGUAAAUGUGACACUGGUUUAUUUUGUACCUUCCAAGUGACCUAAGACAAUGUUUGGAAAUCGUGGUACCAUUACUGCCUUUCUAACUCUGUUGUGCUAAACCUAGUUAGUUUGCAUGAUGCAGUAUAUUGAUCAGUAUGAUUGCAGUAAACGUGGUUAUUUUGAUAACACUACAUGUGAAAAGUCAGUAUUGUAUACUGUAUUUUGGUCUAUAA